UUCAAACGUAAAAGUACAUCAUCUUAGACAUCAUCCACCUUUUCAAGAGGUCUCAUCGACAACGACUCGUUUCCGACGGCGAAGUGAAUCUCUGCGCCCGUGUAUCUGUGCUCUAAUGUCUUUUAAAUGAGAGAUGAGGGAAACAUACCGGUAAAUGCAGUCUCCAGUAUGGAAAGUAACCAAGUUCCAGAAAGUAUGGAAGCAAUAACAGCUCCUAAACCAGACACCUCAGACCACCCAAAUGAUGAUGAACUGCUGAAUGCCCAACUUCGAAUGUUUGAGAACAUUGCACUAAGCAAUGCCCGCAUCAAGAACCAGCAACGAGAUGAUGUGGAACUAUCAACAAGGGAAAGAAUCAAAAUCCUCUCUGAACAGUUUCACCAUUCUCCUGCAGUAUUCAUUGAAAAUUUCCACCCAUACCUAUGUGAAGACGACCUCAUUUGUUUCAACCCUGUCUCUGAUGUGUAUGAGGUAUCGUUUUACCUCAAGGAAGCUAAGAGGAGACUCGGUGCUGGAAAAAUGUCUGUGGUCGUGAAGAACCGACGUUAUGAAGCGCUCAAGAAAUUGGAGAAGGAGGGGAGUUAUUUAAGUGAUGACGAGAUGAGAGCCAGAGAUCCUCUCAUGUACGAACAGCUUAUUGGACAGUAUCUGACGGAUGAAGAGCGUUUGGAGACUAGGACUAAGAUUGACCAGACAGACUUGAAGUUUUCAACGAUCCUCAUGUCAUUCCUGCAGGAUCAGGAAAUAAAAAAGUUUUACAAGAGACAACAGGAUCAAGAGGAAGGGGCAAAAGAAGAAGAAGAAGAAGAAGAAGAAGAAGAAGAAGAAGAGGACGAAGACAAGGACGAGAAGGAGGAGAAGAAGGCAGAUAUUCCAACGGCAUUUGAAAGACAAUCUAAUUUAGAGCUUUGUAUACAGGAUCUAAACAUUCUCAUACACACUUUUAUUUGGUUGUUGUUUUCAGGUCAUUCCAAGGGCAUGGAUCAUCCCCUGCAAAACAAAGUCGGGAGAGAUGCCAAUGAUGAGGAAGAGGAGGAGGAGGAGGAAGAUGAAAUGAUGGAUGAAGAUGUGGCACCCAUGACUCGGCGCCAACCAACCCCUGCCACGGAAGCAGAGAAGCACCUCCUGCGAGAAGAGUUCCAAAACAUAAUGAGGGAGAGGUUCCUCAGUGGAGGCGAUCAAGACUUUGACUACGGAGCGGUUGACAACAACACGGAGUACGACUCGCUGGCGAUUCGUGGAUGGGACGAGGAAGAGAAGUACUUUGAUGAUGAUGAGGGUGCAGCUGAAGUGGAUGAGGUGUAUAGAAUAAAAGAACGAGGAAACAAAGAAGAUGGCAGUGAUGUGUUACCAUCAAGAACAGACAAUGAGGAAUUGGACGAUUAUGAAAAGUGGACGCCAAAUGAAAAGCCUAUGGAAUGAUAGAGUGCCAUUGCUGCCCAAACUCUUGUCUGUUUACUGAGUAAAAUAUGGGCACCAAAUCUAAAUUUUCAUCAUUGUCAUAUUUGCAACAGAGUCAUCCAAGGAAAUAUUUACAUUUUUUGUGUUUUUACAGCAUCAUCAUGAAGACAGAGAUUCAUUGAGCGACAUCUUCCUUGACAUUAUCCUUUUGCAUAUAUGUCCAAACUCAAUGAAACAGAAACAAAUACAAAAAUCAUCUGCAUAGCCAGCUUCUUCUAUUUUCAUUUAUAUAGUGGGGAUAUUUUCUCUUUACAAAUAUAUUUAUUUUUCAUGUAAACAAUACCCAAUAUGAUCAUAGAGCAUGAGUCAAUGAUUAUUUAGUUGUUUUUUUUCUUAAUCUCUACACCAAUUAGUGAUGGAUUCAUUUGCUCCGGAGAGUCCGGAAUUUCCAUCAGUAUUUAACUCACUCCACUAAAAGAGACAUGCAAUGUAUAUCUUAUUUAAAAAGUUAAAUAGUAUCUCCCUAAUGAACAUACUUCCCUGAGGAAUAAACCCUCCAUUGUGUAAGUUUUGGUAAGUGGCAAAGUUUCUCAACUAUCAGAUUUUGAUGGUGAAAUGCAUGGAGGAUUUUAAACAAACCCUUUUU